AUGAACUUUGACUUUGAAGAAUCAUCGAAUGAUUCACCAAGUUCAUCCUUAAAUCUUGAUAUCAACUCUACAAUACCUAUUCGUAGAAGUGAACGAGCACAAUUAAGGAAAACUACUUUAAAAGCUGCUAAUAAAACGUGUAUUCAGUGCGAGAAUAUUGUAAUUAAAGGUGAAGCUGCCCAUGUAUGCACUAUUUGCCAUAGAUCAGUACAUUUCGAUUGUGAUCCAACAGUAGAUCCAUUUUCGGAUUCUAACUCAAGCUAUAAAUGCAUGAAUUGCCAAGAUAAUAUAAAUGCUCAAUUAAUUAAUGAUUUUUAUGAACCAUUAGAAGUAGGAACAGGCUUAAAUUAUACUUCUUCUUUAUCUUUACCUUCAACUAGUUAUAAAAAUUCUGUUGAGUUAAGAGAAAUGUCUUCACAUUCCAAUUUAUUUUCUGAUAAUUUAGAUCCAGAAAUUUUUUCAACAAUGUCGUCCCCAACAACUGGUACUUAUACUACAGGAUCUAACUCUGCUAGAGAAAGUCCAUCAUAUUUUACAGAAACAUUAAUAUCUAAUGCUUCUAGUGAUAAUGAAGAAUUAAAAAAUAAACAAAUAAUUAGUGCUCCUGCAAAAAGAGGUAGAAAAAAAGGAUCGACAAAUAGUACCAGAGGAAAACGUGGUCGUGGGGGAACUGUUACUAUUGGUAAUAGAGUUCCAAAUACUACACUAACAACUUCAAAUUCUAACAAUUCACUAGAAGACUUACCUAUACAAACAUCAAAACCAGUUAGAGGUAAAAAAAAUGGACGUGGAGCUUCAAAAUGUGAUAAACUUAGUACAAGGGGUGCCAAAAUUCCUGGAAAGUCUACACGUGGAAGGAGAAGUAAAGCCCAAAUAGCUGCAAUGGCUGCAGAAACUAAUACAAGGCAAAGUGUAUCUCAAACUCCUACUUCAUUGAAUACGGUUCCUGAUCCUGCUGAAUCAAAUUCUAAACAUUCCUUAAUAUCUGGGCGUUCUUCUGAUGAACAUGAGUAUCUACGAACAAUGGUUAUUUUUGAUUCCAGUGAUCAAUAUAUAUGUACAAAACCACUAUGUCUUAUUUGUGGAUCUAUUGGAAAAGAUCAGGAAGGAUUUAUGAUAACUUGUUGUACAUGUGCUCAAUCUUAUCAUACGUAUUGUGUUACUAUUCAUGAUAAAUUAGGAGAUACAAUAAUUGAAAAAGGAUGGCGUUGUUUAGAUUGUACUGUAUGUGAAGGUUGUGGUAAAGGGGAAGAUGAACCAAAUUUAUUAUUAUGUGAUGGUUGUGACGUUUCUUACCAUAUUUAUUGUUUAACACCACCAUUAACUUCAAUACCAAAAGGAUCUUGGCGUUGUAGUGAUUGUGCCAAAUGUUCACGAUGCCUCAAAACUGUUCCAUCAAAUUAUGAUUUAUCUAAAAUGGAAUCACUUUGUGAUAUAUGUUAUUCAUUGAGAAAAUGUCCUAAAUGUGAUCAAUUAUAUGAAGAAAAUGAAAUUAUAAUUAAAUGUUGUAAAUGUUCUAGAUGGAUUCAUGGAAAAUGUGAAGAUUUAAUAACUGAAAUUCAACUAGAGACAGCUGCAGAAAAUUUAUUCAGGUGUUCUAUUUGCAUUCCAAAACAAAAAGAAGACAUAGCAAAUAUUGUAUGUGUUGAUAAUGUUAUGUUAAAUGGAAAAUCUACACAAAAGUUAGUUGCUCUUAGUAAUUCUGUUAUUCAAGCACAAACUAUGAAUUCUGCAAAUAAAGAUCAUUUUCGGUGUGUAAGUAGUAUGUCAAAUUCUGAUCAAAUUUCUGUUAUUACUGGUCCAACAAUGUUUGAUCCUAUGACAAUGAAUGAUGAUAGUAAUCAUAUGAUUGAUGAGAAUGAUCAUUUUAAUAAUAUUAAUAAUGUUAAUAAUGGUAUAAAUUCUAUUAUUAAUGGUCUUAAGGGCAUGCAUUCUCCUGUUAUUUCUUCAAAAUCAAUACUUAAACAACAAUAUUCUAUUGGAUCAGGAAAACGUGGUGGUAAAAUAGGUGUUGGUGGUUUCUUUCCAAGAUUGGUUAAAGGAAAAUCUAUACAAUCAUCUAUUGAUAAAGUAGAAGAUGAUAUUGAUGAUAUAAAAAAUACUAGUACAGAAAUAAAAAAUUUAUCUACUGAUGUAAUUGAUGGUGAAAAGAAAAAGCAACGGAAACCUAGAAGACCAAGAAGACCUGCAAUGGAAGAUAUUUAUACUCCGCAAAUACAGGAAGCUUUUUUUGGUUGUAAAAGUGUUGAUUCAAAAAGUAUUUUAGAAAUGGAAUUUCCUGAAACUGAGUUCCAUGAAACACAAAAAAUUGAUAUUGAAAAUAUUUGUGAUAAAGAUUGUAGUAAACUUGGUGAAGAGUCAUCUGAAAAAUUACGUCAAGAUCAAAAUGAAGCUUUAGAAGUAGGUCAAUGGAUUAAUGAUGCUGAUUUUACAAAUGUUGAAAAUAUUGACUUUGCUGAAUUAUUUGGUGAUGAUGGUGAAGAAUUUGAUGAUGAUUUUAAUACAGAUGAUGAAGUUUCAAAUACUGAUUCGAUUGCAACAACACAAAUGGAAGAUAGUUAUACAUCUUUUCAAAAUACAGGCAAUCAAUUUAAUGUUGUUCCAAAUGACUUUUCAGGAAAUUCUAAUAUUUUAAGUACCGGAAAACCUACUCAACCAAAUAAAGUUAGUAGUCAAAUGAAAGAUUGGGAAGACGAUGAACCAUUAGGAGAUAAAGCAACAAAAGCUGCUGUAUUAUAUUGCAAUAUUAAUUUUCCUAAUCUUAUUGUUGAACAUCCAAAAUGGAGUGAUCGUUCCAAACAAAUUCAUCGUUUAUGGAGAGCAUUAGAUCAAGAAACACGAGGUAUAUGGGUAGCAAAAGCUCGAGAAAAUCGUACAAAAUUAGCCAAACCACGUGGUUCUACUGUUGGUGGAGGACAAAACAGUAAAGGAAAAGGUUUUAAAGUUCCAAUGACACCUGGAAUAGAAAUAGAAGGAAAUAAUUCAAUUAUUAACUCAAAUGGUUUCAGUACUCCAAAAUCUGAUAUAACUAGUCCACAAAUAGAUGUUCAAUUAGCUAUAAAUCCAAUUUUACAAUACUUAACACCAUCAGUUGCAAAGGAGUAUGAGGAUCUUACAAAUUCACUUAAUUGUGCAAAAAUGAAACAAAAUAAAUUAGAUCAGGAAGUAGCAAAAUUAAAAAGAGCAAAGAAAAAUUUAGGAGCUAAAAUUAGAUCACAUGUUAAAAGUGCUAAGGAAGUUAAUGAGCAUGCCAUUGUUGAAGAAAUAGCAUUAAAAGAAAGAAAACAAAUGGAGGCUCUUGUUAUUCAAAUAUCUGAAAGGCAAUCUUAUUUAGAUGCAGCAAAAAAAGACACCAAAAAUAUUGAAAAUUCUAUAAAAUUAUUUGAACAUAAAAAUGGUAUUGAUAAAAUGCUUAUUCAUGGAAAAUUAACUCCAAAUAAAGGGUCAUUUGAUAAUAAAAAUACUAUACUUUCUGAUUCUCCAAUUGAAGAAGAACCUGUAAUGACAAAAAGAAUAAGAAAAAGAAAAAUUCCAUUUGUUUAUAGGCGUAGUUUAGGAUUAGGUGGAGUUUUAUUUGAUUCAUUAGAAACAUCAUUAGAAAGAGAUAUUUAUUGUAUUGUUGAUGAAAUGAUAUGGAGAAUUGAGGAAAAAGAACGACCACCAAUAUAUGAAGAAAUAGAGGAAUUUGUCAAAGCUAAAAGGAAAAGAGCUCCAAAUAGAAAAACAUUGGCUGCCAAUACAAUGUUAAAUGAAUUAAAUAAAGUAGCAGAAGGUGAUUCUUUAAUCUUAAAAAUUAAAGAUGCUUUAAAUAAUAUAGAACCAUUAUCUAAAGAUGCAUCACAACCAGAACCACAUUAUAGUUGGUAUUUUACUUAUAGGUUUGGUAUUACUGAAUUCAAAGAAAGUGAGGAUUACUUUGAAGGCCAGGAUAAUUUUGGGUGUCUCAAAAUAAAAGGACUUGACGAACAUCUUAAUACUGUAAAAAACGAGUAUAAUUAUGAAAAAGUUAUAGAAAAAAUAGUUAGACGAGCACAACGAUUAGCUAGUGAGAAAGUUGAGGAAAAAGAAAUAGAAGUUAAAAAAGUUGAAGAAGCAAAUAAAAAAGCAAUGGCAGCACAAGAAAAGGCAAGAUCUCAAUAUAAUGAUAAUAAUUAUCACGUUAGUAAUCAUCAACAUCCAGAUUCAAAAAACUGGAAAUCACCUUAUCCUCCUUUGUAUGGAAAUAGAGUAGAUCCAAGAAUUAAUAAUUUUAGAAUAAAUCCAAACGCUAAGAUGGAUGUUGUAAUAGAAAUGGAACAAGAUUCUAUUGAAAAUGUCAGAAAUGUAAUGCAUAAAUUAAAAGAAAUAUUAAAAGUUAGAAAUGAAGACCCAUUUACAUUUACAAUUAAACCACUUCAAUUUGAUAAUCGUGUUAACAUUCAACAUAAUAGUAUAGAUGAUAUGAGAAAUCGUCAAAAACAAACUCACCAUUAUCAUUCACAGCAAAUUGUCAAUGGUUAUCAACCACAGGAACAAGUCCUUCCAUUACCAAUAAGAGAAAAACCAAAAGAACAAUGUGUUUUAGAUUCUUGUAGUAAUUGUAGAAAAAGUUUUAAUAAAAUGGCUAUGGAUCCAUUUUUAUUAGAUAUUGGUUUACGUACAGCUUUCCCUGAUCCAGAUAUACAUUAUUGUAGUAUUGGAUGUUAUGUAAAAGCACUCCUUUCAAAUGCUAUUUCUCUCAGGACACCACAAUUAGAAAAAUUGGCUAAAUAUAUUGACAAAGACACUUAUGCUAUCCUUCGUGAUAGUUGUACGGAAGUUUUUGUUACAACAUUAACAAAAGAAGAAAUGAAAAAUUCUGGUAAUAAGCAGCAACAAAUAAAAAUGGAAAUCGAUCAACCAUCAAUAAAAGAGCAAUUAAAUAAUUAUGAAUGUUCAACUAAGCAUGAAAUAAAUUGUAAGUCUUCUUCUGCUACAGAAACUUCACUUACAUCAACAUCAGGUUUUUCAAUGAUAGAAAAAGCAUUUGUAACAAUUCCUAUUAGAGAACAUAUAGUGAGAGUUACAGAUAUUCCACUAUUCACACAUCCAUAUUCUAAUAUAGAUCAAGAUUUAGAUUUUAAAUGGAGAGGAACAAUAUGGAAAAUGGUAACAAAAGAACAUCUUGAUACAUUUGUAAGACCAUCUUCUGAACUUCAAAAUAGAUUUAAAAAAAUUCAGAAAAAAUAUUUUAUUAAUGAGUAUAAUGAUGUAUCUGAUACAAGAUAUUGUGCAUUCUGUUUUUAUAUUGGAGAUGGAGAACAACGUACAUUAGGAAGACUUAUUAAUAUAUUUCCUUCUGUUUGGGUACAUGUUAAUUGUGCUUUAUGGAGUUCUGGAGUUUAUGAAACACCAACAGGAUGUUUAAAAAAUGUUGAUAAAUGUUUAAAUGAUGCUCAAAAUAAUGAAUGUUGUGUAUGUGGUAAUGUUGGAGCUUCAUUACUUUGUUAUAAAGCUGAAUGUAAUAAUUUUUAUCAUUUGCCUUGUGCAAUAAAAAUUAAAGCAUUUUUGGUUAAAGAUAAAACAAUUCAAUGCUCAAAUCACACUAAUCCACCAAUAGAUAUUGUUAAUAAUUUACAGGCACUCAGGAAAAUUUAUAUAGAAAAAGAUGAAAAUUAUUGGUUAACAACACUUUUUCAACAAAAAUGGCAUUCUAGAACAUUAAUAUUACGAAUAGGUAGUAUGAUAUUUAGAUCCUCGGGUGAACUACAUCAUGAUAAUUUUAAAAAUUGUUAUACAAAAGAUUUUAUAUAUCCUAUUGGAUAUAAAGUUAGUCGUUUUUUUUGGAGUGACACUGAUAUAGGAGUUUGUCAAAUGUAUGAUUUAGAAAUUAUUGAAAAAGACAGGCUACCUGUAUUUACUGUUACUAGAACAAGUGACAACAAAAAAUGGGAAUCUUUUAAUUGUUCUGAAGCAUUUAAAGAAAUAAUGGUAAAUAUACAAAAAAUUAGGGAUCGUACUUCUAAUAAAUUAUUAAAAUUAUUUGGAGAUUCUAUUAAGGGAGAAAGUUUAUUUGGUUUACCAGAACCACAUAUUGUUAAAAUAAUUGAAUCAUUACCAGGUGUUGAUCAAAUAUUAUCAUAUUAUUUUAAAUAUGAUAAAAAACAAUUACUUAAAAUGCCAUUACCUGAAAAUCCUACUGGUUGUGCAAAAUGUGAAGAUAUAAAUAAUUAUAAGAGACCUAUUAAAACAUCAAAUACUAUUAAAUCACAUUUUAUGGGAUCACCAUGUAAAGUUAAAACAUUAGAUAAUGCUAAAAGAAAUAGUAGUAGAAAUAGGAUAUCUUUACUUUAUCCAGGUAUGAGUGAUUCAACAAUACGAGCUUUAAGAGCUUCCGGUUUAACUGAUGAUAUGAUAGGUGAUGGAAAAUAUAAAUGUGAUCCUGGUUCAAUUAGUCAUAUUUUUACUCAAUUUAAAAAAAUGGAAAAAGAUUGGAAAGAUACAGUUUAUUUAUCAAAGUCAACAAUUGCUGGUUUAGGGUUGUUUGCUAAAAGAAAUAUAGAUAUGAAUACAAUGAUAAUAGAAUAUAAAGGAGAAAUAAUUCGUAGUGAAGUUGGUAAUGUCAGGGAACGUUAUUAUCUUGCUAGAGGAAAAGGAAUUUAUAUGUUUAGAGCUGAUGAUGAUACAAUAGUUGAUGGUACUGAAAAAGGUGGUUUAGCAAGAUACAUUAAUCAUUCAUGUGAUUCUAAUUGUAAAACAUCAAUUAUUGAAUAUAAUGGAGAAAAAAAGAUUGUAAUAAUAAGUUGUAGACCAAUACAAAUGCAUGAAGAGUUAACAUAUAAUUACCAAUUUGAAUUGGAAGAUUGUGAAGAUAAGAUUCCUUGUAUGUGUGGUGCACCUAAUUGCGUAAAAUGGAUGAAUUAA